ACUCUGAUGGGUAAAGCACGCUCAAUGAGAUUAGCCUGUCAAGCUCCACCAAAUUUAUGGGAUGAAUUCAUUAUGACAGCCAACUAUCUCACUAUUCAAACAACCACCCAUUCCUUAAUGCAUACAACCCUAUAUGAGUUAUGGUUUGUCCACAAGCCUGAUAUCUCUCAUCUGCAAGUGAAUGGCUCUUGGGCCUUUGUCUUAAUACAAAAUUAA